CUACCCGGCUGCGGAAGGGGACGCCAAUCCUCCAGGUCCCAUCCGAGCCGCCGUAGUGCGAGCGCUGCGCGACUUCGGGAGCCCCAGUCGCCAAGGCAACGGGCUCCGCUGCAGGCUGCGGACGCGCGGCAACCCCCGGGAGGCGCUGCGGGCCGGCGGGCCGGGCACUGGAGGCGGCGGGAGCGCAGAAUUUUCACAUUGGUUAGUCAACAAUAGAAAAUCUGAAGAGAUGCUAGCAGAAAGAAGAAAUUAAACCAGGCUUGAGAGCGAUGCGCCAGGCGUGAUGGAGGUUGAGUCCUCCUACUCGGACUUCAUCUCCUGUGACCGCACGGGCCGUCGGAACGCGGUGCCUGAUAUCCAGGGAGACUCCGAGGCUGUGAGCGUGAGGAAGCUGGCUGGAGACAUGGGCGAGCUGGCUCUGGAGGGAGCAGAAGGACAGGGUGAGGCGAGCACCCCAGACAAGGUGGCGAGCACCCAGCCUGAGAGCAGCGAUGGGACCACCUCAUCCUGA